AUGGUUAUCUCAAUCCUGAUGAUCUCAGACUUUGUUCCUCCAUCAGAGAGCAUAGCUGAUUCAAUGGUCGAUGUCCAAGCCUUGAAGGAUCUGCUGGUCCAUGGGGCACAGCUACCCCUCCCUCCAUCCUGCUACCCCUCCCUCCAUCCUGCUACCCCUCCCUCCAUCCUGCUACCACUCCCUCCAUCCUGCUACCCCUCCCUCCAUCCUGCUACCACUCCCUCCAUCCUGCUACCCCUCCCUCCAUCCUGCUACCCCUCCCUCCAUCCUGCUACCCCUCCCUCUAUCCUGCUACCCCUCCCUCCAUCCUGCUACCCUUCCCUCCAUCCUGCUACCCCUCCCUCCAUCCUGCUACCCCUCCCUCCAUCCUGCUACCCCUCCCUCCAUCCUGCUACCUCUCCCUCCAUCCUCACAACUACCCCUCCCUCUAUCCUCACAACUACCCCUCCCUCCAUCCUGCUACCACUCCCUCCAUCCUGCUACCCCUCCCUCUAUCCUGCUACCCUUACUCCAUCCUGCUACCCUUCCCUCCAUCCUGCUACCCCUCCCUCCCUCCUGCUACCUCUCCCUCCAUCCUCCCAACUACCCCUCCCUCUAUCCUCACAACUACCCCUCCCUCCAUCCUGCUACCCCUCCCUCCAUCCUGCUACCCCUCCCUCCAUCCUGCUACCCCUCCCUCUAUCCUGCUACCCCUCCCUCCAUCCUGCUACCCCUCCCACCAUCCUGCUACCCUUCUCCAUCCUGCUACCCCUCCCUCCAUCCUGUUACCCUUCCCUCCAUCAUGCUACCCAUCCUUCCAUCCUGCUACCACUCCCUCCAUCCUGCUACCCUUACCUCCAUCCUCACAACUACCUCCCCUCCAUCCUGCUACCUCCCCCUCCAUUCUCCUACCCUCUCUUCAUCCUACUACCCCUCCCUCCAUCCUGCUACCACUCCCUCCAUCCUGCUACUCCUCCAUCCUGCUACCACUCCCUCCAUCCUGCUACCACUCCCUCCAUCCUGCUCCAUCCUGCUACCCCUCCCUCCAUCCUGCCUUCCUCCCCCCCACGAAAAGAAGAAACAGAAAUCCAUGAUGAGCACAGUAACACAGGGAGGGGCCUAUCAUCACAGCUCAAGGACUGUAAUCAGGAUUAA